AUGGCCUUAUCACAAAAACACAGCGGCAAAGUACUCGUACCUUGGUUUAAUAGUGCUGAAUGGAAAUGCGUGUGCGAUUACGUGAUAUCCCAGGAUAGGAGGAACAUGAGAAGAGCCCUAGCAAUAUUGAAUAUAUGGAAAGUUCGUACACCUUUGCUUUCCGCAGGAGUAGAAGGUACUUUAAUAUUACUGGAGACUCUAAUGUCGGAUACAGAAAAUUUAUCAGAAGUACAAAUAGUAGGAAAUUACUCUAUAACACUUUUAAGGUUUUUAAACAUUUGCGCCGGUAAUAACAACAAACAAGGUACAUUCAACAAAACGGUCUCGAAGAACGAUUUACCUUCGUGGUUGAUAGACAUCCGACAUGACAUAGCCCACGGGCAAAAUUUGCCAUCGAAGUCCCUUUUAGAGUUGGCUUUGCGCGAAUGCCUCGAUUGGGUGAUCCAGAAGUACUGGAUAUUCCAUAAAAACAUCAUCCGAGACUACUGCAUCGCGGACGAUGGUAAAUCGACGGACAACGCGAGGGUUCUGGAUUGUUUGAAAUUCUACGUUACGUUGAAGUUGCGCUUGUACAACGGCAACAAUCUGACCGAUUUGGAAGAGUCGUUGAAGGAUAAAAUUAAUUAUUUGCUGUCCAAAAGACACAACCAUUCGGUGACCGAUACACAAGGAAUUAUCGUUAUAUUAGAGGAGUACUUGAAGCAAGUGAUUUCGGAUUAUUCGAACAAACAUAUAGCAGAAGACUUGGCAAGAGGAUUGGUCAAAUGGGGGACUUUGAGGACUCGUUUGGAGAUGAAUGAAAAAGGUAAACCUGUCAUUCCUGCAUCAUUUAAGGCGAUUUGGUUGAAUUUGCUGAAUAUAUUUUAUGAAAACGAGGGAUUUUUGAGCGCCUUUCUCAUACAACUUUGGUACAUUUUGUGCGAUAGCAAUAACGAAUCGUUCCAUAGAAUUUCUUCCAUUUGGAUACAGGAUAUAUUAAAUGGUCUCUUGAAAUUGAAGCAUUUAUAUAAAACAAAGGAAGAUAACGAUGAGAACAAUUUUUCCCUUCAAAAUAACUCAAAAGAAAGAUAUCAAGAGUGCAUAGAAUUCGAAUCGAUUGAGAAAAUAAACUCGGUUAAUUUGGAAAACUUCGAGCGGGUUGUUUUAGAGAAUCCUCAUAGUUAUGCAGCCCAAUUUUUGAAUAGAUUAAUGGAGUUUAAUAAACGUCCGAAGGAAUAUAAAAUAUUUAUGAACAGUUUAAUGACGAGCAUGUUUGGAAUUGAUACCGAAUUGAAGAGCCUUUGUGAUUUAAAUACACAGGAUCUAGCAAACUGCGGAAAUAUUGAUGUAAAUAUGGAAGAUGUUUUGGAAAAUAACGGGUUAAUUGAGAAUGGGAAGAAUUCGAAUAAAGGAAGAUGGUGUGUCUUAAAGGAUAAAACGCAAUUCAAACAUUGUCCGUUAGGAAUUUUACCACAUCAAAGUAGAACCAAAAAUUUUACUUUAAUUAAUGAAUUAAUAUAA